UUUUCCUACCUAAUAAAUAAAAACGUAUAUUCUUAUUUUCUUUUCGUGCAUUUUCCCAUUUCUAAUAUCUCAACAGUUGACGAGCCCAAGUUUCUUGGCUACUUCACUCUAAGCAAGAACUCUCAGGUUUAUGAUCUGAGCUCAUAUUACUUGGUGCUGUUUAGUCUCUCUUUUUGACUUGAGGGACAUCAGCUUGAGUUUUAACUAAAAUGUCGAAGGGACUGGACUAUGAGGGAUUGAAUGAAAAUGUGAAGAAGUGCCAAUAUGCUGUUAGGGGUGAGCUGUAUCUUCGAGCUUCUGAGCUCCAGAAAGAAGGGAAGAAGAUCAUCUUCACAAAUGUUGGAAAUCCUCAUGCAUUAGGGCAGAAACCAUUGACAUUCCCGCGCCAGGUGGUUGCUUUGUGUCAAGCUCCGUUCCUACUUGAUGAUCCUAAUGUUGGAAUUGUAUUCCCAGCUGAUGCAAUUGCAAGGGCUAAGCAUUACCUUUCUAUGACUUCAGGCGGUCUAGGUGCUUACAGUGAUUCAAGAGGCAUUCCUGGCGUAAGGAAAGAGAUUGCAGAGUUUAUUGAAAGGCGGGAUGGGUAUCCAAGUGAUCCAGAACUCAUUUUCCUAACUGAUGGUGCUAGCAAGGGAGUGAUGCAAAUUUUGAAUGCUGUCAUUGGAGGCCAAAGUGAUGGGAUCCUAGUUCCUGUUCCACAGUACCCACUUUAUUCUGCUUCAAUAUCAUUAUUGGGUGGUUCUCUUGUCCCAUAUUACCUGGAGGAGACUGCAAACUGGGGGCUUGAUAUCAAUAAUCUCCGUGAUGCAAUUCAACAAGCCACAUUCAAAGGAAUAAAAGUACGUGCAAUGGUUAUUAUUAACCCUGGAAAUCCUACAGGACAAUGCCUUAGUGUAGCCAACUUACAAGAAAUAGUGAAUUUCUGUAUCCAAGAAAAGUUGGUGCUUCUAGCUGAUGAAGUAUAUCAACAAAACAUAUACCAAGAUGAGCGCCCCUUUGUAAGUGCAAGAAAGGUUUUAAUGGACAUGGGCCCACCAAUGAACAAGGAUCUCCAGCUUGUGUCUUUCCACACAGUGUCAAAAGGAUAUUGGGGUGAAUGUGGACAGAGGGGUGGAUACUUUGAGAUGACAAACAUUCCUCAGAAGUCAGUUGAUGAAAUAUACAAGAUUGCCUCAAUUGCACUAAGUCCCAAUGUACCAGGGCAAAUAUUUUUAGGAUUGAUGGUCAAUCCACCAAAGCCUGGGGAUAUCUCUUACCUUAGAUUUGAACAAGAGAGCAAAGGAAUUCUGGAAUCAUUGAGGAAGAGAGCGCGAAUAAUGACUGAUGGGUUUAACAGCUGUAGAAAUGUUGUGUGCAAUUUCACAGAAGGUGCCAUGUACUCAUUCCCUCAAAUAUGCUUGCCACCUAAGGCAGUUGAGGCCGCAAAGAAUGCUGGCAAACAUCCUGAUGUUUUCUACUGUCUCAAGCUCUUGGAAGCCACCGGCAUCUCCACUGUUCCUGGUUCAGGGUUUGGACAGAAAGAAGGGGUUUUCCACAUGAGGACUACCAUUCUACCUGCUGAGGAAGACAUGCCUGCUAUCAUGGAGAGCUUUAAGAAGUUCAAUGACGCGUUCAUGGAGCAUUAUGAAGAUCAACGAGCAGGUUACUCAAGGAUGUAAAUUAUAGGAGAUUUCUUUGAAAUCCCUUACUUUAUGAUAUCGUCAUAAUAUGAUUCGGUGUAUACUCUCCCUCUCCCCCCAAACGAUGCUUGUAAAAUUUUAAACACGAAGUUGACGUACACUAUGCAAAACAGGAUUCCAAACUUUGUAUGAUUUGUAAAAGAAUUAGUUGCUUUCUGUUACACAAGCUCUCGUUUUCCCUCAAUAAUGAAGAUCAAAUAGCAGUAAGCCAGUAA